UCUCGUUUCGGCUGUGGGCCUGUGGCUUCCUUGUCCCCUGACUCGACGGCCCGCCGUCAAAUCUUUCGAACCCUCACCGCAAACGGCGCCAACGCAUAGAACCAGAUCUCUCUAAAGAUUCGCGUGCGCGAUUUGUCGCAUUGUGCCACGCAAUGCCCUUCACCCGCCAUUGUCUCACCAGUCCGAUCGCUUUCUGGUAUACAUAUAUCCACUUUGUCUGACCGCCCAUCACUGGUCCAACACCGGAAUCCCCUCAACGCCGUCAUCUCUCCACCGCCUCGCGCCUUUCGACCCCUCAAUCUGCCAGAGUAGCCAAUCCCGCAAUGCGUGCCUUUACAUAGCUACAGCAUGCGUCUGCGGUAAUCUUCGCAUCUCAAGUCUCUUACCUGCGUCUUAUCAUCCGCCGCCGAGUAUGGCGCUCUCAGAAAGCCCGAUUCCUAUACUCGACUCUCCCACUACCGAUGUGGCCACCAACGCUCCUCUAAUCGAUCAGAGCAAGGAGGCUUUGAAGGACAUAUCCUUUGGAUCCAUUGCAGGGAUUGUGGGAAAAUACAUCGAAUACCCAUUUGACACAGUGAAAGUUCGGUUGCAGUCCCAACCUGAUCAUGUGCCAUUAAAGUACAAAGGUCCUGUCGAUUGCUUCAAGCAAUCGCUGAGCAGAGAUGGAUUCCUUGGUCUAUAUAGAGGCAUCAGUGCGCCUUUGUUUGGAGCUGCAGUAGAGACGAGCUCUCUCUUUUUCAGCUAUCGAAUUGCUCAAGGAGCUUUUCAAUCCACCUUUCUCCAACCCGGUCAAACUUUACCAUUCUCUGCCCUUCUCCUAUGUGGCGGGGCUUCCGGUGCCUUCACCUCCAUACUCCUGACGCCUAUAGAGCUCAUCAAAUGCAAGAUGCAAGUGCCUGCUGAUAAUUCUGGAAAACAACCUAGAUUGUCGAUUCCGCAGCAGAUGGCCUCCGUAUACAGACACCAAGGUAUACUUGGAUUCUGGCGAGGUCAGAUGGGCACUUUCAUUCGUGAGACUGGGGGUUCGGCAGCAUGGUUCGGCAGCUAUGAGGGCGUUGGUUUACUACUCAAGCAGGCCAGUUCUGAUCCCACAGGCAACCAGUCUUUGCCAGUAUGGCAGCAAAUGAUGGCUGGUGCUGCUGCUGGGAUGAGCUACAAUUUCAUGUUCUAUCCAGCAGAUACGAUCAAGUCUCGUAUGCAAACAGAAGACGUAAGCAAAAUGCGUGACGGCAAACAAUCGUUUGGCGCAGUCGGAAAAAUACUUUGGCGGCAACAAGGUCUUAGAGGACUUUACAGAGGAUGCGGCAUCACUGUUGCUCGUUCUGCUCCCAGUUCAGCGUUCAUAUUCACAAUCUACGAGACGUUAAGGUCCCAUUUUGGUUAAAGGGUUUGGUGCCACUUUGAUGUGCGAAUGAAUUGCAUGAGAUGGCGUUUUGGUGGGGGUCUGGAAGGUUUAGCAUAUUGAAAGCAUUUCUUCAUGGGACAAUAGAUGGCGUGUAUUGCAUUCCCAGCUAUAAAAAACAUCGAUGAGUCUAUUGGGCUGAUGACCCCUUAAAUGGAAAUGCCCAUACUUGAAUUCAUG